AUGUGCGACUCGUCUGUAGCAUCUACUAAUUCAUCCCAGGCCCCCACUGCAAACAUGUCUGCUGAUGAGGACCCCGCGACCUGGGGUGUUGACGAGGUUGUGAAGUUUCUGUGCCGCGAAGCGGCGGGUGAAUGGUCCACCCAUUUGCCGAGUCCUGACCUGGGUGUGUUGGAGGAGUCUCUCAAAGCCAAUGACGUGACAGGCAGAGUCUUUCUCGACCUCUCGUACGACAUGGUCAAAGACCUGGGAGUGGGAGGAAUUGGCAAAUGCCAGUACGUCUUGGAGGCCCGCAACUUUCUCCGGCAGCGAUCGACGGAGUGUCGAGCUGCGCGGCAGCAGCCUGACCUAAGGCUUGCUGUGGAUCUACCCGAUCCAGCUCCUGCCCUCAAGGAGCCGCAAUCACCGGCGACGGCGCCAAAACCAGCCCGCCGAGUACAGCCAACUCCGGUCGUGAAGGCCGCCCCGCUUUCUUCUGAGGCCCAGGAGCCUCACCAACCCUCCGACUCCGCCGCUGCCGCUCUGGGAGAUGACUCUUGGCUUGAUAGCCUACUGAGGAAAUAUCCCCCGGAGGAGAAUGACGACGAAGAAAUCUUCCCCCCCCUUGGCGAGUCGAGUUCCGAGAUCGACAGCGACACCCAGCAGGAGAUCGCAGAAGACGAAAUGUCUGCUUCUUCUAAGCUUCCUCAGAAACUCCCAUUCGAGGAGCUCAAUGCCAUUGUUGAUGACUACAUUGCCCAACAAGAGGCAUCCUUUGCUGCGAGUCGUCUGCCUAAGGAAGAGCAUAAGGCGUUUGGUAUCUGGCUCAAGGGGCACGAUGAUCCUGAUAUCAUCAAAAAGCAUUCCACCGACCUGGCCCACCUGGAGAAGCGACUUCGAGAGCUCCGCAAAGCAUUCAUUGCUGCAGAGCACACGUCACGUGGCUCUUUGAUCAAAGCAUGUGCAUCUCUGGACUUUACAGUGUCUGACAUUUGCUUCAAGAAAUGGCAACUCUCCGUCGUCAAGCAGAUCGAAGCCCCGAAGAAAGUUGCUCGCCCGCCACGAACUUCACGCGCAGUCAACCGCAAUGUGGACUCGGAUGGAAAUGAGACUUUGGAUUCAGAUUUGGGAUCACACCCGGAGUAUGAAAGUGGAGAGGAGCUGGCCGACGAAACCGACCAAUUUGAGGAGUGUGACCAAUCACAAGAUGAACAUGGGCCUGAUGAUUUCUCUGAAGCCGACCAAUUUGAAGAUUCGGAACAGUCACAAGAUGAGCAUGAAGUUGAUAUUCCCUCUGAAGCCGAAAGGGGUGAUGUGCCCUCGAAUGAGGAAAGGAAGCGACCUCGCUCAGCUUCUCGAGCCGGACCAUUCCGCGACUCGUCAUCUCCAGAUCGAGACCUCGCACAUCUCAUGUUUGAAGAUGAGGAUUACCCACACUCUGUGGCCAAGAAGCGCCGCCUAGAGAAAGAAAGUCCCAAUCAAAGUGACCUGAACCCUCCAGCGAUACCACUUCAAGGUCUGCUACCUGAUUCAGAUGAGCCCUUGCCAUCUAAUGAGGAGGCACCUAAUGUCAACAUGGGGGAAACGAUCCCUCGUCCCUACAGCCCGUCACAAACCAACUUGCGUGAACUUGUGGAUACGUCCAGUCAAGACGACAUUGAAAUUGACUUCGCCGUUGACCUGUUUGAUGAUGUCUACUCCAUGAUGUGGGCGACUAUUGAGCAGCGUUGUGACCUCUCUCUCAUUAUAGCAAAGGCCCUCACAGACUUGACCCAAGGUCGAGCCAAGCAACUUUCCAGAUUUCUGACUGAAUUUGUCCCUUGUCUCUACCGCGACCUCACACAAGAUGCCCUGCAAGCUAUGACCAAGAAUGAGUCAGUUCUUGAGGGACUGGAGCCUGAGCAGAGCCAUCUUGCAAUGCUACUGGCCACUUUAUUCCUAUCAUGGGUUAAUGGCACCAGAGUGCCUGAUGGCGCUAUCCCGGCAGAUCAAGUCAACAUUGCAAUUGCGACUUUCAUGCGAGAUGCACCCGAUGAAGACGAAUUUGCUGAGUUCUUCGGCUGUCUGAACACUCUGGUGAAGGCAUACAUCAGAUGGCUCACUUUACCCGCCCAUGUCCUAUCCAAAAGAAAAAAACCAGCGAUGAGACGCCAGCGGCGGAAUGAGAACCGGAUUUUGGCUCAAAUGCCGCUGAAUCAGGCUCAAAAGGAGGGACAGAAACGACAGGAGCAGCAAGAUAAGGCCAAGCACGCCCUCCUUGGAACUCGUCUCAUAGAAGGGAAUGACAACCUCACUCAACACCCAGUUUCGUUCAAAGAUCCUGCCAUAUAUCUGGAUGCCCACAUCGGCAAAGUCGUCAAACAUCAUCAAGUUCUUGGAAUUCAAUUCAUGUUUCGUGAGAUUGUGGAUAACCAAGGACCGGAGGGGUGCUUGCUGGCUCAUACCAUGGGGCUGGGAAAGACUAUGCAAGUGAUAUCACUUCUGACCACAAUCUCGAUCGCCGGAGCAUCCCAAAAUCCGGAUAUACGCGACCAGAUUCCCGAAAAUUUGCGCCAAUCCAAAACUUUGAUACUUUGUCCCGCAGCACUGAUUGAUAAUUGGCGCAAUGAGCUAGCAAUGUGGUCUCCUGAGAAUCACAAUCUUGGCAAGGUCCACUCCAUCCCGGGAAAGACAACACUGGGCCCAGGGACCACCCGAGAUGACAUUAUCCGAACAUGGAAAAACCAAGGUGGUAUAUUGCUCAUGAGCUACAACAUAUUCCGCAACCUUGCUGGUGAAUUCAAAGGCAAGCACCCGGCUCAAGCAUCGGCGCAUGAAACUGUCAAAAAUUGGCUGUUGAACAGCCCAUCUAUUGUCGUGGCGGACGAGGCGCAGAUGCUACGAAAUCAUGGAAGCCAGAUUGCAGCGACGACCUCCCAUUUUCGAACCCAAAAAAGGAUUGCCCUCACUGGGACUCCAAUAUCCAAUGGUCUGAAAGACUACUUCUGGAUGGUCGAUUGGGUGGCCCCGAAAUACCUGGGUAGCUUCACAGAAUUCAAUGACAAGUUCAUCAAACCCAUCGAGGGUGGUUCGCACACCGAUAGCACACACUUCGAGCGAAGGCAAGCACUCCAGCGCCAGGAGCUGUUGCAUAGGAUCAUCAGCCCAAAGGUCCAACGGAUGGACAUGUCCGCACUGAAAACGGAUCUACCGCCGAAGUACGAGUUCUCCAUUUACUUUGAAAUGACGAACAUUCAAAAAGCUGUAUACAACCUCUUUGUUGACGUUGUAAAAGAAGGAAUGGCCGACAACGUCAAUUCACAGCUCAUGUCCUGGCUGAGCCUUCUACAGCUUUGCUCUAACCAUCCAAGCAUUUUCAAGACACAAUUACAAAGCAGAAAGACCAAAUCGGGCCUUAGCAAACAACCAGACCCCAGCGUUCAACCGGGCCUCAGUGGAGAUGAUCAUAACAAUUUUCUCGCCCCGAGUAUGCCCAUUGACGAGCAGAUAGUCCCGAGUCCGGUGUUAUCUGAACUAGACAGUCUUCUCGAUGGGGUUCCCAACUUGUUGGACCCCAUUCUCUCCAGCCGGGUCGCAAUACUCAACGAGAUUCUCAAUCACGCGAUUGCAGUUCGGGAUAAAGUCCUGAUCUUUUCAUCUAGCAUUCCAACGCUGAAUUAUCUCAGCCAAUUCAUGGACGAAACUGGAAGAAAAUAUUGCCGCAUCGAUGGCGCAAUCACUCAGGCCGAUCGCUCUCAAAUGAUGAAGACAUUCAAAGAUGAUCCCACAGUCAAUGUGUUCUUAAUUUCCACUCGUGCUGGUGGACUUGGAUUGAAUAUUCAAACGGCCAACAGGGUCGUCAUAUUCGAUUUCAUGUUUAAUCCUACAUGGGAGGAACAAGCAAUUGGUCGAGCGUAUCGGAUAGGCCAGAAAAAACAGGUAUUCGUUUACCGACUGGUCGGGGCUGGGACUUUUGAGGAGAAAAUCUAUGGCAUGGCCAUAUUCAAAAGUCAACUGGCGCUUCGAUUGGUUGACCACAAGAACGUCACACGCGAGGGAUCAAAAUCCCGUGAUCGUUUCCUGGUCCACUGCACUCAAAGUUCACACGACGGCGGCAUCGAUGACCUUGCGAUGGCGAAGGAUCCAGGUAUGAUGGGAAGUCUGAAAGUUGCCGAAUGUGCUCGAUACAUUCUCGAAGUCAAGCUAAGAAGUAACGAGAUCGAUCCCAAUGAUAGUUUGACAUCCGCAGAACGCCAAACUGUAGAGGACGAACUGCACUUACGGCGCUUGCGAAUCAGGGACUCGACUGCUUCUACAAUGAUGCCUAUGGCCGCUGAGAACCAUCUGCCUCAGAAGGCCCCCCAACGGCUCAUUUGA